AGUGUGCUUUCGGUGGUCGGUUGCGAACCUCUCGCGUUUCGCCAUGCCGUCGCCGGCCCUACAAUAGUCUGAGUGCUUCUUAUUAUAUUUUCUAAUAUUUUAUUUGUACUCGAGACCGUUACACUUUACGCCCGACCGUACUAUAAUAAUUGUUAUUGACCACGGGGUCGACGUUUUAAUUUGCCACCAUUGCGACGUGGACGAUUUUCGUUCGAAUUUUAUCGGAAAUUUUUUUUUACCUCCAUAUUAUUGUUAAAGGCACACGUGUGCGCGGGACAAUAUUACUAUACUGCACUCGUCGUGUACACGCCGCGUUACUCUGAGAACAGGUUUACCCAAAAUACAUAGUAUAUAUUCAAAUACGCUCGUCAAGAUGGGCGUUGGUCAUUCGAACAGACAAGAUCGCUCGUGUCCUUUGGACGGUGAUGUAAACUUUGAUCACUUUGAAAUUUUGCGAGCAAUCGGUAAAGGCAGUUUUGGGAAAGUGUGUAUAGUGGAGAAAAAAAAUUCUCGUCAAAUGUACGCAAUGAAGUACAUGCAGAAGAGUCGUUGCGUUGAAAGGGACGCCUUAAAAAAUGUGCUACGAGAAAUGGAAAUAUUAACCAGACUCGAACAUCCGUUCCUGGUAAAUCUAUGGUUCUCUUUUCAAGACGAGGAAGACCUAUUCAUGGUUUCAGACUUGCUAUUGGGCGGUGACCUGAGGUACCACUUGGGUCAAGACGUCAAGUUCGGCGAAAAUUCAAUCAAACUGUUUGCGUGCGAAAUUGGCUCUGCGCUGGAAUAUUUGCAAAGCGAGCAUAUAGUUCACAGGGACAUAAAGCCGGAGAAUAUUCUGCUAGACGAAGAAGGUCACGCGCAUAUUACCGACUUCAAUAUAGCAGCUACACUACAUGGAAAAAAAUUAGCGUCAUCGCUGUCCGGCACCAAACCUUAUAUAGCACCAGAAGUGUACUUAUGCUCGUUGGGCGAAUGCGCUGGAUACUCGUAUCCCGUUGACUGGUGGUCGCUAGGCGUCACACUUUACGAAGUCAUGUCGAGGUGCCGACCAUACGACAUCCAUUCUGGUACAACGCCGAGGGAAGUUCGGUCUAUGGUGAUGAAUUCGACGUCGUCCACGGCAAUACCACCGAAAUGUUCAGAACAAUUGAGCGUAUUAUUCCAAAGACUGCUGUGCAUUAACCCGGACGAGAGAAUCAACACGGUCAAGAAACUGAAAUCCAUUCCGUGUAUAAGUCGAUACAAUUUCGGAAUGAUAUUGGAAAAACAAAUCAGGCCACCGUUCACGCCACCGAAAGACAGGCUGAAUUGCGACCCGACGUUUGAACUGGAAGAGAUGAUAGUAGAACCCAACCCGCUGCAUCGAAAACCCAGACGGUUGGCAAAACAAAGAUCACUCAGAACUUCCAUGACAAUAGAAGACACCGAGACUAGUAGACAACUUCAACAUUUUAAAUGCUAUAAUCGCGAAAAAGAACUUGAAAGGCGAGAAAUGGAACGCAAGGAACACGACUGGGAGCAGGAAUUGAUUAAAGCUAUGAACGCUUCGACCAUACCAGCGAUCGUACCGGCCAUGGUGACGGACAAGGAUGGAGGGGGUGAAUUGCUGACGGUGCCCAUGAUGACGACCGAACGGAGACGGUCCAGUUGUAAGCUGAACAUCUCUCCGGUCAGCAUCCAGACCAGACUGAUUUCCGCGCAGGCCGAUACCGGAAGCUGAUACAAUCGCGAGGAGCAGGGCGAUUAAAUUAUGCCACCGGAAAUCUAUUGGCCAUCACGAUUUUAUUAUUAUUAUUUUAUGUAACUAUUACUUUGUGUACUCAUUAUUAUAAUAAUACUACAUUACUAUAUUUAUUAUGUCGUCCUCGGGAUAGUGACGUUAUGGUACUAUAAUAUUGUACUGUAUAGGUACAGUAUACCGCUGGUAUACCGCCUCAUCCUAAUCGAAGCGUGGACUUAACAACAACUACGUCGAUGGUGAUGAUGAUGAUAAUAAUAAUAAUUGUUUGAGCUAUAGACAUUUUGUCAUAAUAUAACCCAAUACAAAAUGUUGAACACGAAACUAUAAUGUUGUAGUAACUACAAUAUUAUUAUUAUGUUAUACUUAAACGUCCUGCAGGGAUCGUUUCCUUCGUCACGAAUGUCUAUCCAUUAUAAAUCAUAAUAUUAGAUGUAUACAUACUGCGAUGGAGCAAAACCGUAGUGAUAAUUUGUAUAAUGUAAAAUAAUUUGCCAAAUCUGCAAAGUUCGUUCUGUAUAAGCUAUAACGUUAUUAAAUUAUAAUACAUAAGGUUUUCCCCCACAGACACAACGCAAGUGUUUUCCGAAAAAUGUUGUCUAUAUAGGUACCUUAUAUAGUUAUAUUAUGAUACAUACUAUCACGUAAUAUUAGAAAUUUAAAACAAUUAAAAUGUGUAACUUUCACUUAAAUAGUAUUUGUAGAGUUAUAUUAUUAUAUUAUAUUAUGAUAUACCCUGAGUGAACAGUGCCCUGCUAACUUUUACUGGCACCCCAUGGCAAUAAUAUUUUCCGCCCUUAUUAUGCAUGGGUACAUAUUUAAACAUUUUCAGUCUUAGGGAACUUGCCCAAUUUCCCCUCCCCCCACCCACUAGCUCUGAUCUAUCAGAGGACCACAGUGUUUUCCCGUUUUCCUUUGUUUUGUUCAUUCUGUAUACUAAUAUAAUAUAUUGUGUUUUAUACACUUAGUAAUAUGACGUGUAACGCAGUAUAAUAAUAUAGGUAUAAUAGGUGCUUGUUCAUUAUUAUUAUUAUUAUUAUUAUUAUUGUAUAAUAUUGUUAUGUUACAGUUAAAUACUUUGAACAUAUAGUUUGUAAUGUUUUUACGGCUCACUUUUCAUCAAUGGUUAAAACAACGAAGUGUUAACUCUGAACCAAAAAUUAUGAACAAUAUAGUUAUUGAAAUAACUUAGCCUAACCCAACUACGAACCAUGCGUUUAAUGUUGUACUGGUCAACAGAUACUGCCAAAUGUCGGUGGCGUGUCCGACUUAUACUGUAAAUGCGUAAUGUAGGUAUACUGUUUUAAUAAAGUAUCAUAAUAUCAAGCAAUGACAUAUUAUAUGAUAUUAACCUAAUUGAAUAUGAUAUUAUACUGAUAUAAACAUGUUUAACCAACGACAGCCAUUUUGAUCGCUGCAGUUAAUCAACAUGUUAAAAAUAUUUACAUUGACGUGUAAAUAUUGUACUCGCGUAUUUUAUAUAUUUUGUACGUAUAUUAUGCACAUUGCACACGUCUACUUUAAUUAAGCUACCUAUAUCAACCUUAACCUAAUAUUUUAACUACGCACGUUGUGGGUUUGAAAUGUAAAGGUUCCAUUUCGGUUUGUUUUUCAAUAAAACCCAGUUGUAUAGAGACGCAUAUUCUGUAUUGUAUACAUUUUCGACCAAAAACUAUAUUAUUAUAGCGGUCAUUGAACAAUAUCAUGAAAAUAAUUAACUCAAUUUUUAAUAGUUCUAUACAGUCGAUAGAUACAGUUAAUAGUUUAAAGUUUAAUGGGAAAUUUAUUUGAAAUUAGUAUCAUUUAGAAUACAAGUGUUUUAAGUCCACACACUAAUAAAUACCGUUAUGAUAAUAUGUUAUUAUAAUAUUGUUUAAAAAUAAGACAGUUCCAUUAAAUAGAAAUAUUUCAGUCUCAGCGGAAAUUGUUUUUUAUUUUUUUUUUUAAUGAUUAUCAACAGGUAUCUAUAACGUCAUAUUCUUCAUGAACCCUAUAAACCCUAUUGGAUUGCUACAAUUUAACAUAUAAUAUAACAUUUAAUGUAUUGUGUAAUAUGUAUGAAGAAUAUCGAUUUCGAACCCUUUCGUUCCAAGCCCACUCUAUAUUAUUAUCCGAGGGUAAAAAUAAAAUUCAAUCAAAUUUUGUGUCGUAAGCACUGCCAAAAAAAAAAAAAAUCAGAC